AUGUACGUUUAUUUAGGUGUACCUAAUUCAAUGUAUUCAUUAUCAUCGCCAUCUUCAUUUCAAUCACUUUAUGCACAACAUUGGCGACCACCUAUGUUUCCAUUUGUAUUUCCACCUGGAUAUCCGUUUUCUCCAGCUGUUCUCUCACAUGGUUCACCAUCAACACAUACACCUAGUGGACAUUCAUCAUCAAUUGCAUCCCAUAGUAAUAGCCCACUAGGACAAAAACGAUCAACAACACAUAGAUCUAUGGAUAUUAGUCCUCAACAACAGCAACAUCAUAAACUUUCAAUGUCUCAUGAUGAAAAGAAACCUAAAAAACCUCAUAUAAAAAAACCAUUGAAUGCUUUUAUGUUAUUUAUGAAAGAACAACGAGCACAAGUUGUACAAGAAUGUACAUUACGUGAAAGUGCAGCAAUAAAUCAAAUUCUUGGUCGAAAAUGGCAUGAACUUGAUCGUAAUGUUCAACAGAAAUAUUAUGAUAUGGCACGAGAUGAACGUAUGAAACAUAUGCAAUUGUAUCCUGGAUGGUCAGCUCGAGAUAAUUAUGGUGCAAGAAAGAAACGUGGAAGUAAAGGAAAAAAACGAGAAAAAAGUCAAGGUGAAAAUGGCGAAUGCCUUAAUCAGAAAAAAUGUCGAGCAAGAUUUGGACUUGAUCAACAAUCGAAUUGGUGUAAACAUUGCAAACGAAAGAAAAAAUGUCUUCGAUAUACAGAAGAUGAAACAGCAUGUGCAGGACCAAAUUCAGUUGGUGGUGAUCCAUGGAGUGAAGAAGAUGAUACGGAUAAUAUUGAUGGUUCAGAUGAUGGUAUUGAACAUUGUGAUAUACCAAUGAUUGAACAUUCAGAAGAAGGAAAUAUACAUAAUACAAAUGGAGAUAAUCAUUCACCUCAUCGUGGUGGUAUUUCAAUUGAUUCAGAUGAAGAAAAUAAAUCACGUAUAUUAAUGCAUCAACAACCACCGAGUUCCAAUGGUAGUGGUUCAUCAUCAACAAACGGAACUGUACCAAUGGCAAUGAUGACAGCAGCAGCAGCAGCAGCAGCGGCAGGAAUGACAACAACAACUUCUUCAAGAAAAGACUCAUCAUCAUCAUCUUCAUCACCACAAGCUUCUUUCCUUCAAUUUUCUCAUCAACGAUAUCCAAUAGCAGCACCACCUCAUUUUCCAUCUCAACAUAAUCAUCAUCACCAUCAUCAUCAUCCUUAUUUUGAUCCAUUUUUACAACCAACAUCGAUGCCUCUUCUAAAUGGACUUAAACGAGAGACAUAA